AUGGCAGACUUGAAGAGAUAUACAAGCGACUGUGCUCUGGGGCCUUUCUUGGUUAAGGCACAGAAGAGUCAGUCACACAUAUUCUCUCCCACUCUAUGGACCCCUCUCCUCUUCCUUUUCUUGGGACUAAGAGCCUUUGGAGAGGACUCAGUCUCAACAGCCGUGAAAGGGAUCCUGGGGGAGUCUGUGACUUUCCCCCUGAACAUCUCAGUAAGCACAGAGAUUGAGCAUGUCGCAUGGAGUAGACCCCAAAUUGCCCUUGUUUUAGCAUACCCAGGAGGACAGGUUACCUUUCUGGCCAAAAGCUAUCAGAGCCGACUAAGCAUCUCCAACCAAAGCUACUCUCUGCACAUCAGCAAUCUGACUCUGAAGGAUGCAGGGCUCUACCGAGCCCAGAUAAACAGAAAUGAUUUUGCCAUCACCACCGAAGAGAAAUUCAUUCUGUACAUCUACGAGAAACUGAAGAAGCCCCAAGUCACCUUUAUAGCCACCAUGUCUGAGAGUGCCUCCUGUAACCUCACGCUGAUAUGUUCUGUGGAGGGACCAGGGCAAAGUGUUGUGUUCAGCUGGAUCGUGGUAAGUCCCCAUGCUUCUGAGUCCUGUGGGGGCUCCACUCUUACCAUCUCCUGGAAGCCGUGUGACCCGGACCUGGUAUAUAUCUGCACAGCCAAGAACCCUGUCAGCAACAGCAGCUCCUUCCCUGUCCGUGCCCAGGAGUUCUGUGCAGAUCCAGGAGCUUCCAGAGGAGGAACAAUGGAACAGCCAGUAAUAGGGGUCCUGGGAGAGUCGGUCACCUUUCCCCUGAUGAUCCCAGCCAGUCAGGACAUAAAGAAAGUUGUCUGGAUGUCUAACACAUUUGUUAUCAGCAAAGAUCUGAGAGAAGCAGCAACAGAAGGCCCAACUAUUAAAUCCAAGGAACCCAAUGAGGACCCAAUGUGGCUCUUCAGUGAGGGCUACUCCCUGAAGAUCAGUCAGCUAAAGAUGGAGGACGCCGGCACCUAUACAGCUUACCUGUGCUCAGAGACCCCCAGAGUCACUAGCACGAAGCAGUUCACUCUGCAUAUCUACCGGAGGCUGGAGAAGCCGAAAAUCACCUGGAGCCCCAGGCCCCCUGAGGGCGGUAUCUGCAGGGCCACCCUGACUUGCUCAGUGGAGGACAGUGGAGAUGAUGUGACGUACAGAUGGAUCUUCCAGCAGAAGGGAGCUGUUGUGUUCCAAGAGGGGUCAUUCCUCAAUGUCUCCUGGAGAAGCACUGAAAAUCACCCCAAUUUCACCUGCAUAGCCACAAAUCCCAUCAGCAACAGUUCCUGGGAGUUUCUUUCUGGGAAUAUCUGUCCAGGGCCUGUGGAAAGCAUGAAGUAUUGGCCUAUGAUCUUCCUGGUAAUUCCUAUCCUUCUAUGCUUUGGGAUCUUCGGCUGGUACCUUUGGAAGCAAAAAGAACUGUGUUCAGCUUCAUCCUUCCCUUCCAGCCAAGUUGAGCCUCCAGCUGAUGCACCAGGGUAUGAGAAGCUGGACACUUCUCCUAAGACUCUCAGGCAACGGCCUAGGCCUGCCUCAGACAACAGCUCUGACAGCAACUUAACAACUGAGGAGAAUGAGGAGAGGACCAAGAUGCAGAAGCCUGUCAGUGGAAUGGAUGCAGUGUAUGACUUAGUCACUCAGGAGGACACAGCCUUUGAAGGGCAGACAGAGUAUGAUCUUGUCACUCCAGACAACAUGGCACUUGAGUCUGUGGUUGAAGGGAAUACAGUAUAUGCACAAGUGUUCCUCAACUUGCCGGGAAAAACAGUUCCUCAGAGGAAUGACAAUUUACCCACAAUAUACUGCUCUAUACAGAAAUCCCAACUGGUAGGACCACCACUACAACAGAAUGAUGACUCUCCUGAAAACUCUGCUUAUGAAAAUUUCACCUAA